CCCGCCAUCAUUGAGCAGCGUCGCGAAGCGUAGUGUGUAGGUCUCCUGUCAACAACACACAUAUAGGGAUCAGGUGAAUGCCGGUUAAACAAACUUUGUGCACUCGGAGGACCUACGAAAACGAUUCGGUAAUUUAAAAGUUUCAAGACAAGCACAUAUCAUCGACAGGAUUUGUUUGAUCACAAGUCCUUGUAUCUACAUUGUACCAACUGGAUAGUAAGCCAUGGCAACCAAACUCUCCAGUGGUGGCGCUAUUAACAUCCGUUUUACCAGCAUAGAUGUGGGCACCACAAAGUGGAAAGAAGGCACUUUUGAGAUUCUGGAAAAGGAUAAUAAAGUCAACCUCUGUCUAAGGUUCAACUGUGGUGGAUCUUCCAAAAAUUUCCAGCUGAACCAGAACGUGAAGAGCAUUCACCCAAAGCAGACUCGAAUCAUACUGACGUUGAAGGACAGCAGCGUCAUCACCCUGGAUAAGAUGUCCCCAAAUUUAUUUCAGAAGACUAAAGAAUACCUAGAAAAGCUAAAGCAGGGAAAGACAAUGGUUUUAAAAUCAUCCCAUGGAAGUGCAAACUUC